CCCAAAGUGGUGGUGAAGAUGUCUGACAAUGCAGAGUCUUCGACAGAAACGCAAAAAGAGGAGGUUCAGCCAGACGACCCAACAACAAAUGAAGAGAAGAAAAAAAUUGAUGUUCUGCUGAAGGCAGUGGGAGACACUCCUAUAAUGAAAACAAGGAAGUGGGCAGUGGAGCGGGGGAGGACGGUGCAGUCCCUUUCUCAGUUCAUCUCUCGCUUCCUCAAGCUUGAUGCCAGUGAACAACUGUUCAUCUAUGUUAACCAGUCUUUUGCCCCCUCGCCGGAUCAAGAAGCCGGUGUCCUCUUUGAUUGUUUUGGCAGUGAUGGCAAGUUGGUUCUACAUUACUGUAAAUCUCAAGCCUGGGGUUAAGCUGCUUCCUAUGACUCUACUUCUGAUUCCCUCCUUAAAUUUAUCCUCCAAACAUACACACAAUAUUAUUUUUUCUUCUUGGCAAUUUUUCUUUUGUUUUUUAUGUACAUAAACAUUGUAAAU